GGUUGCUGCACUUGCAUCUCUGAAGCGGCCUCGAGAUGGAGAUGUCGAAGCUUCCGAAAGGCCUUCGAUGCUUUGAAGUACCUGGCUGUACAGGCAAGAUUCUGCAGGGUGGCGCAGAUGCGGUGCGGCCGGUUCGUGGGGACGUUCAGGUGAUCGUCAAUUGCGCACGCCGUUCCGGAGAUUCGAAAGUGGAAUCAGGGCCUGGCCAAGAUGUGUAUUGGCUUCCAAUGACGGAAGCCAACAUGCAGGAGGCUUCUCGUAGAUACCUGCAGGAAUAUGGACCACGCCUAGUGGAGGCACUGCGAUCUGGGAAGGUCAUUGCUGUCCACUGUCAAGAAGGAGUGCACCGAUCUGUUGAGUUUGCCAAGCAGCUUCAAUCAUUUGCAAGCCAUGGUGAACUUGCUGAAGCUUGUCCCAGCAAGCUUGAAUCUCUCCAAGAAGCUGGGGAAGAGGAAGAGGAGGAGGAGUGCUAAGUCCCAGAUGUUUCUCAACGGGUUCGCCGUAUCGAUCGCCGGCCAAAAAAAAGCCGCCGAGAAACACACCGGGAUGAACUCCGCGGCGCGGUUGCGAUAAAUUUCCCCCGCGAAGAUGGAGGUGGAUGGGGCAGUGCUCUUUGAAGCUCAGUCGGUCACACCUCGGCUUGGUAAUUUCGUUGG